ACAGACAAUGUGGAUUCCCAUUUCGUUUGAAGCACUAUUUGACAUUAACUCUGCAGUCUGUGGUAAAAAUUCUUCAGUCUCUGAUUUUUGACAGCCCAAGUGGAAAGAGAUUCAGUGCCGAAAAUGUACAAAUUUACCAACCAUUUAACAAAUGCCCACUUGGUUUUGGUCAGAAAACAAGUGGGCGACGGAUCAUGCGCGGCCCUAAUCGUGAUGCGGGCGCCGCGCCGCUUCGCGCACUACGACAACAAGUGCCCCCCCACGCCGCCGGCCCCCCCGAAGUCCCGCAAGAUCCUGUGGGGCACCAUCGGGGCCACGGUGCUUACGGGCGCUGCAGUUGUGUAUGCCAAGAGCAGUCCAGAUGCCCGUAACUGGCUGGAGUCAAACGUCCCUUGGGCUAACGACUUCGUGGCACUCGUGUACCAGGAAAACACCACCUACUGGAAGUUCACCGUCAACCAGUUCAAUAGAGCCACCACUUGGGUCGGCAACUUUAUGUUUGGAAAGGAGGGAGUCAGUCCACUAGACUUCAAACAACAAUCUGAACAGAACAUAGAAGAGGAUGCAAUUAAAGAACUAGCUAAGAAACCCUAUCAGUUGCCACCGCCGAAGUUUGAACCGCUUUACAUAGAAGAGAAGAAGAUUGAAACGCCUGAGGUUGAGACUCCCGCCACCCUCAUCCAAACAGAGAAGUGUGACCCCCAAACGCCUCCCCCAGUGAAGAUCACAAAAGACAUGGUGGAAUUGGAACACGAUAUGCAUGAGAACACCAAGAUAGCUGUCGAUAGCUUCAAGGCAGCCACUAACUUCUGUACGGAGUACAACAAGGCGCUGUUUAAGGUUGGUGGAUAUUAG